AUGAUAGGGACAGUAACUUGUAAAAAAGAUGAGUUAGCAGUCUCAGAUUGGUCACACUUUGUAACCUCUGCGCUGUUCCUUGGUGAGGUCUUUUAUCACGUGAAGUCAGAGCAGAAUACUCCUUUUAAAGUCUUGGCAGCACCUGUCCUCAAGUAUCUAGAGAUGAUAAUUGAGCCCAACUUGAAUAAAGACGCCAACAAAAAUAUUGAUGAUGAUAUGAUUGUAGUUUCCAGACAGUUACUGUUGAAUGGUGCUGUUCUCCAUGAAGCAGUGCCAAGUGGUGUCUUAGAAGUGGUGCAGAGUGUAACCAAGAUACUGUGCCUGUGUCAGCUGAGCACAGCCACGCGACUGAAUCUACUAGCUGCUCUUGCUGAAAUGUGGCCAAUCCUCGACACUAAUAACGAUAUUCGUACUCAACACGCAUUACUAGCCACAAGCAUUGGUGUCUCAUUGGAUAUUUAGUUGGUACAGUGUCGUGUUAUUUUUGCCGUCUCUUUCAUUAUGAGUCUGCGCUAUUCAUUUUAUGAAGAGAGAUGGCUUUAAUUCUCAGUAAUAAAUACAUUGUUAUCAUGCUACUCAUCUGAUUAGUAUGGGAAAAUGUUAUACAAAAAUUAUGUUACAUUUCUUUUAUGUUAUGUUUAACUGAAGACCAUUUUGUCUUGAAACCACACAUCAUUCCUCAUUUUGUCGUCUUUUUGCCAGGAUGCUGUGGAUUCAGUUUAUAAUAAAAUGACAAUAGAUCACAGUUUUUAUGCAAGUGCGUAAGUGAAGUAUUUUCUGCCGUUCUGUUAUGCUAUUUUACAUUUCUGCAAAUCAAAGAAGGGGGGGGGUCAUACCAAAGUUAGUGUUCAUGCUUCUAGUCGAUAAUGAAAACCAAACAAACUAGUUAAAAGGUAGUAGGAUGAAUAUAUAAUAGACCUUAUGCCAGGUUUUCUUCCGUUUUGUGAUCUGUGUUCCAAUUCAAGGAGAAAUUCUUGAUUCCUAUCAUUUUCACCAUGACACACUUGAGAUUACCUGUUUCUCCUUUUCAUCUGUCGGGUUUAUAUAGCCUUAUAAAAGUAAUUAAAUAUACAUAUAUAUUUUUGGUAUGUAUUUUUCUUUAGGGUAAUUAGAGUGUUUAUAUUUUAUGCUUAUUCAGAUCUGAAUAUUAUGAUUAAGAAGUGAGCAGCUUUUUUCCCUAAAUGAAACAUGUUUUUAUAAAUGUAUAAUUGUUUUGUGGCUCGAUUAGCAGAAUCAUUGUAAAUGAUAUUUAAAA